UGCGCUCAAGGGUGACGGCCAUGUCGACGUGGACCCUGCAGUGCACCCCCCGUUGCAACCUGCAUAUACCUUCGGCUGGCGACUACUCGCACGGAGAAACGACCACUCUCAGGGAACGGACAGGAUCAUCUCGAAGCAAGUAAUCGUCGCGCCGGGUUUCUCUUGCACGCAGCAUUUGGGCUAUGAAUGAAGACCCAACCCUUUCACUUCGAGGUUUUAGCAGUGUUGCUUCUAUCUGUGAUUCCAUGGCCGGGUCCCAGCGUCUUUAAAAUAUCAUGCCCCCGCGAUCGAGCAUCUGUAGUGAGGAGGAUAGUUCACAAGCGAUGGAUGCCAAUACUGAAAAAGUAUCAGGUAGAAUUACCAUUGGAAUGCCCAUUUCACGAGAGUCGAGAUAUUUUUCGGCCACAACAAAAGGCGAAGCAUCAGUACAGGCCAUCACAAUGGACCUGCGGCCUUUGCGGCAAGUCCUUCUAUGCCGAAAAACAUCUGGACGCCCACUUCGAUAACAGGCAUAAAAGCAAUGUUAACAUGGCAGAAGAUGCGGUAUGCCUAGCAGAUUACUGCGACAUUAUGCGCUGCGAGGUGCUGGGCAACCGUGACUUCGAGAACUCGGUGGACGACGAUGGUGGUCACCUGAACACCGAUAUCCAAGUGUGGCGCGAAAAUACCGAGCAACAGAAGCAACAACAACAGCGGCGCACUUCUGUCAUGCCGUGUGGGUCGCGUGGCCUCGCCAGGAUGUAUCCUACAGAUAAGUCCUGCGCCGUCGCUGGCGGUGGAGCGGUGACGAAUCUGCAGCGUUAUUGUCGUCGCGAGGGCCAUGAUAACAGUGACAUGCACAAUCACAGACUAACGAGAUCGUCCUUUCACAACGAGAUCGCCGAAACGGAUAACAAAAACGAUGACUGCGAGGAGGACGAGGAAGACGAGGACGACGAGGAGGACGCCGAAGACGAGGAGAAUCUAGUAGAAGCGGCGUUACCCGCCGUCGACAAAAAACAAAGACGGCGAGGAUUGCACUUGAGGAAGCUAAAGUCCAACUGUAAGCCGGAGGAGUUGCAGAAACUGAAGACCCAAUGUGAAAUACUCGUGCGCGAUUGCAUCGCUGGGCUGCUUGCUAAUCUUUCUGUGCGGGAUUUCCAAGAAAUCGAAGGGGAGCUAAACCGAGCGAUCUGCUGGUAUCUCAGCUGUGAUAAGUACUGGGAGGACACAAAAAGAUCGCAGCGUCAUACACCCUGGUAUUUGCUGACUGUCUUCAUGCUACUCCUGUUUUCGUCGAUUUACGCAUGUUAUUACAUAAUCUGGGUUUGCUUCAAUACCGCGGACGACGAUAGACUGGACGGUAGCGGAAGCGUGGAUUACAACGGAAGCACGGAUCGCUCGAGUACUUCUCCGUUGCACGACCCGAAUAUUCACGAGGGUAGGUUAGAAAGACGAAAGGGCGAUCACGGGGACGAGAACCUGCCCUUAACGAGCGAAGACAUGCCUGAUCAUUACAUCUACGUCUCUUACCCACCCGAGCUAAAGCGGCGACUUUUGGAAAGUGACCCUCCUGCUUACAGCUGCUACAACAGGACCACUCGUCUGUAAACCGAGGUACACAGGAAGUACAUAUACGUGAUAAAAUCUUAUCUGGGAACUGUGCAAAAGAAAGGUACUCGGGGAUAAACUUCUCUCAUUUUUCUCGUUAUCUUCGUGUUUUGUAUACCGAAUGUGAAUAAACUGCAUCGUGGACACAA